AUGAGGCUCCCCCCCCGCCUGUCGCCGCAGCGGGGGGCCGCGCGGCUGUCCUUCCACGAGGGCGCGCCCAUCAGGCUGUCGUCCCACGAGGGCGGCCCUCGCAUGUCCCCCCGGGAUACUCGUCGCGCCUCUCGCACGAGUCCCCUCCCCCGCCUUGUCGCCCCACGAGCCGGUAGCUCGCCACCUGCCCGCAUGCGCCGGGGACCCUCCAUCUCUCUCCCCAAGCGCCGCCUGUCCCCUCACGAAGGGCCGCCUCGCAUGUCCCCGCAGGAACAGCCACGCGCACCGGAUGUCGCCUCACGACCCCCCCUCACACAUGGCGCCUCACGACCCCCCCUCACACAUGUCGCCCCCGGACACGCGCACCGGGCGUCCGCCCCCGGAGCACGCGUGUCGCAUGUCCUCCCAAGAGCACAGUCAGCGCAGGUCGCCGCAGGAGCACGCGCACCGGGCGUCGCCGCGGGGCUCGGCGUCCUCCCGCAUGUCCUCGCGGGAGUCGUCGCCGCGCCCAGUCCCCCCGCGGGACCAAAGUCCGCGCUCGUCCGUCACGAGGCCGGCCCCCCUCCUCCCCCCCCACGACCCCCUGCCGCGCCGGCCGUCCCGCGAGUCGGUGUCGCAGCUGCUGAUCCACGAGCCGCGCGCCCCGCAUCGCCUCGCGCGAGUGUGUCCCGCGCGUGGCGUCCGCGAGUCCCCGGCCGGCGCGGCGCCCCACGAGCCCCGCUGCGGCCUCGUCCACCUCGUCCAGCCGCUCCUCCGCCGCCCGCCCUCCGUCGGACGGCCUCAGCAACCACCGGGGGGCCCCGCACGCCGGCCCCGAUCGCCCCCGGCUCUCGCGGCGGGAGACCGACCUGUCCCUCAACCACGUUCGGCUGCGGAGACGUACAUCAACGUGGAGACCCUAGAGGACGGGAGGCCGAGAAGCAGCUCUCGCAGGCGUGGAAGAGGAAUCGAAGACGCUCAUGGAGGCCACCAUACCCAGUACCUGAAGUCAGCGCCGCUCAAGCGCGUCACUCACCAGCUGGAGGAGACGUCCUCCUCAACUUCCUCACAACCAUCACGGAGGCUGUCCUCACCUGCGUCCCUCACGUGCCUCUCAGCCUCGCCUUGCUCCUGGCGUUGCCCUUCGCCGUCGUGGUCAAGGCCUUGGGCGCCCUGUGCCAGGCCUCCGGCUGCCGCGGCUGCAAGACGUGUCCCACGAGUAUCUAG